AUAGUGCCAUGGCACCUAAGAAAGGAAAUGGGGGCAAAAAGGGGAAGGGCAAAGCACCCAGCACUCCUGCCAAGCGGCCACCCCCCCAACCUCUAACAUCAUCUGAGGAGGAUGAGCCUGAUAUGACUCAGGUGCUAAAACGCAUUGAGGCGUUGGAGCAGGAUAACGCCAAACUCAGGCAACAGCUCCAGUCUCGCAAACCUAAAGUGAUGAAAAAAGCCAGCUAUCGCAACCCUCUUUACAGACCUCUUACUUCUUCACCUAAGCAGGUGAUGACCACAUCUCAACCACCAGCUGGUGAGACUGAAGAGCAAAUUCAAACAACGCCAAGGCAAGCUGAAGCUUUAACUCCAGGCCCUGCACCCUCAACAUCUGCAGCUGCUGUGACCUCUGACGUCGUUCACAAUAUCCAGAUUCCGGGAAUUGGCACCCUUCGCCAGACGGGAACCCGAAAUUAUGCCCAAGGAGCUUUGGGAUCUUGGAGAUCCGAAGCCAUCGAAGCGAUGAAUAUGUCUAUCGCCCCUAGAACCCGAGCCCUGUACGAAAGAGCAGAUGCUGGGAUGAGACCCGAGCCCAUUAGGAUCAUCAUAUGCGGCCACAGCAUGGUUUUCUGGGCAUGCAACAGAGCCUCCAGAUCUGCAGUGGGCACGCAUUUGGGACUACAACCGGACGCCACCAUUCAAUGGAUUGGGCGUCGGGGAUUGAGAUGGGGCGGUCUCAUGCAUCUUUUGUUCCGCUCUGGUGUUGUGGUUCGCCCGCCGCAGGUGUUGGUUAUACACCUGGGGGGCAACGAUCUUGGUUUACUUAAGGGAAAAGCCCUGAUCCUCCAGGCCCAAGCAGACUUUGAGCGGAUUUGGGAAUGUUGGCCAGAUACUUGGAUUGUAUGGUCCAACAUGCUUCCUAGGCGCCAAUGGCGCGAGGGGCACAAUGCAUGGGGACUAAACAGGGCGGUCAAGAAGGUGAAUAGGGAACUUCGGUUGUUUUUGCGGGGUAAACGGGGAUGGAUCAUCCCGCACCCAAGCAUACCAGUUUGCAAGCAGGAUUUAUAUAGGGCCGACGGGGUACAUCUCUCCGAUGCAGGCAAUGACUUUUUCCUACAGGAUCUCCAUGUGGGUUUGCGGGACUGCCUCCCUGGGUGGGGUAAGUGA